AAGAAGAAGAAGAAGAAGAAGAAGAAGAAGAAGAAGAAGAAGAAGGCUUCAUCUGGCACGCCACUUUUUUCUCGACACAAGCCCCGACGCCUCGGUUCAAAUGUCACAUCACUAACGAUGGGUAGUUUGGAGGCAUGGUACAUGGAUGAAUCCAGCGAGAAGCAGAAGCUGCCUCACAGACUGAACCCGAACCAGCCCGUGACCCUCACACAGCUCGAGCAGAUCGGAGUCUAUCACUGGAAGUUAAAUGCUGAUAAUUAUGAAAAUGACCCUGAACUGCAGAAGAUCCGUGAAGAAAAGGGUUACUCCUAUAUGGAUAUCAUAACGAUUCACCCAGAUAAACUUCCUGAUUAUGAGAACAAAGUGAAAAUGUUCUAUGAAGAACAUCUUCAUCUUGACGAUGAGAUCCGCUAUAUACUGGACGGAUCGUCUUACUUUGAUGUGAGGGGCAAAGAUGACCGCUGGAUCCGAAUCGCUGUGUCUAAAGGGGAUCUUAUCACGCUGCCGGCGGGAAUUUACCACAGAUUCACCGUUGAUGAGAGUAACUACACAAAAGCCAUGCGUCUGUUUGUUGGUGAACCGGUCUGGAAGGCCUACAACCGCCCAGCUGAUGACUUUGACAUCCGCAAAGCCUAUGUGAACUCCCUGAGCUGCUCUUGAGAUGCAUGAUGGGAUUGGUUUAGUUGUGCUCUACAUCAGUGAUGAUCAGGAGAAUCAAACUCUGCUGUGCCUUUAACAAACACUCUUGAACGGGUUACAAUCAUGAGUACGACAUCUAAAAAAUCAUUACUAAUGAUAAACACAUGAGGUUUUUGAUAGUUAUGACAAUGAAUUGUAGUCCUGGAAGGCUGUGUGGAUGGUGGUUGUUUAAUAGACUCAAAUUUUGUACCAUUAAUUCAUGUAAGUAAUGAAGACAUGUUAGACAUGUCUUAUUGAAAUGAAAACGUGUUUGUUUGAAUGAUCACUGAUAUUCUUACAGUUUAGCCUAUAAGUGUUUGUUUUUUUAUUCAUACCACAACAGACAACUAUUAAUUAGCUCAAAAGAGACUGAAUCCUAGUUUGAUGAUCUUAAAGCAUUUCACUGAUUUCUUUGUUCGUUGAUUAAAUAAAACAAUAUUUUCUCUGCAUUGUAAAAAUGAACUGGUCAAGCAUCAGAAAUGUAUGAAAUGUUGCAUGUUUUCUUAGAAUUCUCAGUUUUUCACGUGUGCCGUGUUUUAUGAAGACUUAGAUUUUUUGUGCAAACAAC